UCUCUCUCUCGUCCCUCCUUCUUUUUUUUUCUUCCGAUCUCUCAUUUAAGAGAGAGUCCAGAGCCUCACAUUCACAUUUUUUACCGAACGACAAAAGCCGACUCCUCCGACCGCAUGGCAUCCUCAAGCAGCUCCGCACAGGCCGCCUUCGGGCUGGGCCGCAGGAAGAAGAGCCCGGGCCUCAUGGAUCAGAUUGGAAAUUUCUUUGGAGGGGAGAAGAAGAGGAAGAGCAAGGGGUCUUUCAGAGGAGCUCUCUCCCCAGCCCCCCAGAAGGCCUCCGCGGCCGCCCCGCGUAAGCGUGGAGCGGAGACGGAGAACGCCGUGGUCCACUUCUUCCGCACCAUCGGCGACCAGAAGUCACAGUCUGCUAAAGCCAAGAAGGCCAGCGCAGGGGACGGCAAAGGCUCCCUCACGAGGAUCUUCAAAAUGGGGAGCAGGAGCUCUUCUCCGGGCAAACGCUGAAGACCCUCGCUGCCUCGACCCCUUCCAACAGCACGAGGGGGCAGAUGUUCAAGAUCACGUGACUUCAGUGUGGCGUGGAGAGGGGGGGAAGAAGAAGAAGAAGAAAAGGAAGAACCCCCCCCCCCCCCCCCACACACACACACACACACACCCACCCACCCUUCCCCUCCUCCUAUAACACUCUAACUUAUGCUAAAUCCAUCAUCCUCCCCUAUUACCCCACCACCCUCCUCCCCUAAUGGCUGGUAGAUAGCUACACAAUCUGUUGCCCCCCCCCCCCUCCUCCACCCACCCAUGCAUGCGCUCUGCAGUCGUCCUCAUCCGUCGUGAACUCUCUUUUCGCUGAGAUGUGUCCCGAAGCCGCUCGCGUGUGCAGCCCAAAUGUAUUUGUUCUUCUGUCUCGUCACAUUGUCUCUGUCUCGGCCGCGGUGUGUGUCCCCCCCCCCCCCCCCGCCCCGCGUCGUGUCUUCGCCGUCCCGUCGUGAACGUGCUCUCUGUGUUCGUCGUUAGGCCUCCGGCCCGCUGUGAGUUUUUUAUGUGGUACAAAUGUCUCAUUUUCUGCAAUGAAAACAAAACAACAACAAACCCAACGGAGUCAUUUCUAAUGUCUCAUUUCUGUCUUCUUUCCGCUUCAUGAGAUAAUGGUGUCAGCGCUAAUGAUGCUUUAGUGUAGUCUGGGUCUCUCUCUCUCUCUCACACGUGACACAUGUAAUGUAAAUUAAGUUCACACCAAAAAAAAAACCUGGCUCAACCACAAGUGCCUUUUCUGCAAGUUUACUGAGCAAUAAAGCAGGCGUGUGUCUGUCGCGGUCACCUCUCCCAGCUGUGUGACACGUGUGUGUGUGCGUGUGUUUUUCCUCUGAAUGGAUCCUGUGGAUGAAUGUAAAGAUCCUCUUCAUUACUGUAUGUGUAAGAAAUCAUGACCAGCCACUUAACUGAGAAUAAAACAAAUAAAACAUAUAAAACCAACUCUA